CUAGAGUAAUAAUUAUUCGAGCGCUGCCAAAUCAGUGAACAAAGGUGGAACAGACGCCAUUUUAUCGUAUCGAACUAUCGACAAGCCGCGAAAUCCGAUUAGCCCCACGCCCCACUUUAUUUCAAUUAACUGAUAAAUUAAGCUAAUCAUAUUGUUCCGCCAUGCUCUUACUGGACAUUUUGGAGAAAAAGACAGACGAUGGUGUCUACAUAAUAGCUGAAAUUGGCCAAAACCAUCAGGGGCGCCUGGAGGUGGCCAAAAAGAUGAUACUAAAGGCCAAGGAAGCAGGAUGCCAUUGUGUGAAAUUUCAAAAAUCAAAUUUACCAGCAAAGUUUACACGGUCCGCACUGGCACGCGACUAUGUGAGCGAAAAUGCUUGGGGCAAGACGUAUGGAGAGCACAAGGAAUAUCUGGAGUUCUCCAAAGAGCAGUACCAAGAGCUGCAGGCUUACAGCCAAGAAUUAAAUUUGGAUUUUACUGCCUCCGCAAUGGAUGAGCUCUCUUUGGACUUUCUGGCAGAUUUAAAGGUUCCAUUUAUUAAAAUUGGUUCCGGGGAUGCCAACAACUUUCCGCUGAUAAAAAAAGCCUCUGGCCUCGGGCUACCCUUGGUCAUCUCCACGGGAAUGCAGACACUCCAAACGGUUGACAAGAUUGUCAGCAUAAUGGAGGAUGCUGGUAAAUCGGACUAUGCACUCAUGCAUUGUGUUUCGGCGUAUCCCACACCACCCAAAGAUUGCAAUUUGCGGCUGAUUUCCAGGCUGAAGCAACGCUUUACCAAUGUAGUCAUUGGUUAUUCCGGACAUGAGCUUGGUGUGGCCAUAACCCAGGCAGCUGUGCUGCUGGGCGCCAGGAUAGUGGAACGACAUUUCACCCUGGACAAGAAUCAAAAAGGUUCAGACCAUCGUUGCUCACUUGAACCCCUUCAACUAAAGUCUUUAAUUGUGGCAAUUGAAAGUUUUAAACUCCAGAAACUGCCCCUGGAAGCACAUGAAAUAAUUGCAAUGUUGGGUAAUGGUCAGGAACUGGAAGAAGCACUCCGUUACACUGGAGAAAAAGAGAUUUUCCCCUGCGAGCUGCCAUGUCGAAAUAAGCUUGGAAAGUCUCUUGUAGCUGCUCGCAGCCUGCACAAAGGUCAAAUGCUUCAAUUGAAGGAUGUGGCCAUCAAAGUUAGUGAGCCAAACGGCCUGACUGCCGAGACAUAUUUCGAUAUAGUUGGCAAGCAAUUAACAUACAGUGUCUCUGAGGAUGAACCCAUAACCGGGAACAUGGUACAGUUUUAAGUCAAUACUUUAGCACUUAAUACAGCGCGUGCA